AUGGCUUCCCAGGUGCCUAUGCUCGCCCUAGCCAUCUCCCUCUGCCUCCUCGCCACUUGCUUCGCCCAAUCCCCGGCUUCCUCCCCCUCAAACGCGCCGCCAACCAUGGUCACUCCCCCGACCGCCUUCGCCGCGCCUCCAACCACACCGUCUCCCCCUCCCGCCACCGUCCCCCCGCCGACGGCCAUCCCAUCCCCCUCCACACCACCUCCGGUUACCACCCCGCCGCUCGCCACCCCACCUCCGGCCUUGGUUCCCAUUGCGUCGUCGCCACCGCCCGCACCGCUGGCUCCAGCAGUUGCUCCAGCUCCCCUAACAACGGUGUCCCCUGCACCGGCUCCGAAUGCAGCGUCGCCAAUUUCGUCGACGUCUCCGACGACGCCGCCAUCUCCUAGUCCCUCUGCUUCUGCGACUCCGGCCGAUGGCGGUUCCCGGGCUUACGUGCAUGGGGUCAGCAUGAGACUGACAGCGUUCCUUGGGGGACUUGCGUUGCUUCUGUAG